GUCCCCUUUUACUCACACGGCACUUCCUGCUCUGAUUGUGUCAUGCAACGGGGCAUUCGUUCUCACAACAAGCCGAACAAAGAUAUUUCUGGCUGUCUUCCCCGUUUCUCCCAGAGCUGUUGAAGAAACGACUUUUUCAGACAAGGUGUAACCUUGGCAAACAAAAUGGACUACAGGAGUGCCUUGGAGGUAUAUAAGGAGAUGGUGCUGCUGUACGUAGAGGAGGCUCGGCGCUUCGUGAAUUCUCAGUGUGCUGGUCUGGAGCCAUGGCAGAUCAUUGCGACCACUUUGCUGUCCACAUUUGGUGCGGUGUGGCUAAAGGGCUUCCUUUUCCAACCAGAGAGUCUGACGUCAAGGGUAAAGAAGCAGUUCUUUAAAAUCAUCAGAAAAAUCCCAUUUAUCGGAGCAACAAUUCAAAAUCAGCUCAACAAGGCAUUGGAUGAUAUGUCAAUGAGUCUAUGCACGCUGAAGGAAGGCAUGAGCUACACCAAACUCCUGCCUGCACAGGGCCUCACCCACAAACAGCUCCUUGACAAGAUCAGGGAGUAUGAGACACUGAGUGAGGUAGACUGGGCAAAAGGCAAAGUGUCAGGCGCAGUCUACUGGGGGGAUGAGAAGCUCACGGAUCUCCUGGUGAAGGUAUAUGGGGAGUUUGCCUGGUCCAACCCCCUCCACCCAGACCUGUUCCCUGGGGUUAGGAAGAUGGAGGCAGAAGUGGUGCGGAUGACGUGUGCCCUCUUUAAUGGAGGCCCAGACUCCUGUGGCACAGUUACUUCAGGUGGAACAGAAAGCAUCCUGAUGGCAUGCAAGGCGUACAGAGACAUGGCUCAUGAACGUGGCAUUAAACACCCAGAGAUUAUUGCACCAGUGAGUGUCCAUGCAGCGUUUGACAAAGCAGCACAUUAUUUUGGGAUGAAGCUCAUUCACAUACCCCUAGACAAGAAGACCAUGAAAGUCGAUGUGAAGGCAAUGAGGAGGGCCAUCUCUAGAAACACAGCGAUGCUGGUGUGUUCAGCUCCUCAUUUCCCCCAUGGAAUUAUGGACCCUGUAGUAGAAGUGGCGAAGCUUGCAGUAAAAUACAACAUCCCAUUCCAUGUGGAUGCAUGCUUGGGAGGGUUCCUAAUAGUUUUUAUGGAAAAGGCGGGUUUCAAACUUGAUCCUUUUGAUUUCCGGGUCAAAGGUGUGACCAGUAUCUCAGCAGAUACACAUAAGUAUGGUUAUGCUCCCAAAGGUUCCUCGGUGGUGCUGUACAGUGACAAGAAAUUUCGCCACUACCAGUAUUUCGUAGCACCUAAUUGGCAGGGAGGAAUUUAUGCAUCUCCGUCCAUGGCUGGCUCUCGGCCUGGAGGCAUAAUUGCUGCCUGUUGGGCUACUAUGAUGCACAUGGGUGAGAAGGGAUACGUUGAGGCCACCAAGAAAGUCGUUGAGACGGCCCGUAAAAUCAAAGCAGGAAUCCGUCAAAUAGAUGGGGUGUUUGUAUUCGGGGACCCAGAAGUGUCUGUGGUGGCACUAGGCUCUGAUGUUUUUGAUAUCUUUCGCUUAUCUAAUGCACUGACUUCAAAGGGCUGGAAUCUCAACACUCUGCAGUUUCCAUCUAGCAUCCAUAUUUGUGUCACAAUGCUACACACACAGCCUGGUGUAGCUGAGCAGUUCAUUAGUGAUGUGAAGAGAGAAGUAGCCAUUAUCAUGAAGAAUCCUAAAGAGAAGACUACGGGAAUGGGAGCCAUCUAUGGCAUGGCCCAGUCCAUUCCUGACCGAUCGAUGGUGACUGAGGUCUCACAGGGCUUUUUGGACUGCCUCUAUAGCACUGAGGUGCCCAAGAUACAGAGCAAGCACCACAAAAACCAUAAGAACCACUUGAAUGGCAACUCCAAAGCGCACUGAGAUUGACUGUUGGGGUCGCCACCCAUAGCUGGCUGAAGGGAAGUUCACCACAAUCUAAUCAUUCAUUUACUUCAUUUAGUCAUCUAUUUACAACUAACUAUUUUAUGUAUAACCCAUAGUCACCUGACAUUUUGGGAUUUGUGACUAAGGAGCGACAGUCUGUAAGGCUAUAGAGACAGCUGCCCAAAUAUCUAUGAGUCUGUGAAGGGUCUGCGACUUAUUCAUUUAAUUUUGGUGACCAGUGAGUGCAGUUUUACUUGUUUCAUUUCUUACAUCUCUUAUUUUUAUGACCAGUGCACACCAUAUGUGUUUGAUUGCAUUUCCACUAUUAUCUUUAGAAGUGUUUUCUGCCACUUAAACCUCAGGAUACCAGGGCAUAAUGUUGUCACAUUGAUUUUACAUUUUACAUGUUAUUGAAAAGCUGUUUCCAGGAAUUAAAUAAUGCAGAUUAGACCAAAAUCCAUAAUACUAUCAACAUGGAUAAGCCAUGGGUGUUAGUAUUUUAAAUAUUCCCAUUAGCUCCUUCACAAUAGAAACUUGAAAACAUCAGACCAUUUUAGGAUGGUAGUACUGCACAGGUGAACCUGUCUAGCAAAUGUUUAAUUUUAUUUCAUUUUAAAUUCCCUAUAACGAGGAUAGAUUUGAUAAUCCAGUUUCAAAACAUUCAUCUUAUUUAAGAGAAAAUAUCUCUGAUUUUAAGUUACCUAUGAAAAAUGAUAUCAGUAACAAUUCCAACCACCAGGUUGUGAAGUUUAACCAUAUUUCCAGGUUCAAAUUCCCAUCCAUUUGGGUUUUCAAUGAUCACAUUUCACCCUAUCUACCUCAGAUCUAAAAUAAUUGUGCACAUAAUCAUUAUUGGUUUCCCUUAAGUCCAAAUCCUGAAAAAUGUCACGUAAGUGGGCAUUUUGAUCAUCAGUCAAUGUCAUGCUCCAGGUUAUGGUACUCACUGACAACAGUUUUCAGAGAGUCAAAGACCCCCUUGAUUCAUGAGUCUUUCUUUUGUGUGUUGUAUUUGUUUGGGAUCUUUGUUCCAGCUUAACUCAACUGAAUGAUAGCUAAGGCCUGGAACAGCAAGAAGGGAAAUUAAUUUGUGCAUGAAGUCUGUGAUAUGAGGAAGUGAUGACAUGGUACCAUGGAAACAUCACACCAGAUCUAGUCAGCAGUGUAAUCCCUUAAGCACUCAUAAUAUUUGUGACCACUGUGUGUGUUUUUAUAUUUUAAAUCACUAAUAUAAUGUCUCAUAUUUCAGUGUGUGUGUUUUUUAAUUCAGUAAUUUCCAUGUACUUUUUUUAACCUCUUUUUGGGGUGCUUCAAGUAGGAGGUAGGACAGUUUUCUUCUGUAUGAUACAACUGUAGUAGUGUAGUCUCAAAAACUGUAACAUGCCUUAGGGCUAGGACAUAGAUGUGGAUAUUUGUCUUCAAACAGUUACCCUACUUGCCUAAAUGAAGCAUUUUCAAUGUUUUUAUGCAAUAAUCUGUAAUUACUGUAACUACUGAAACUGUGGCACCUUGAUCUGAAUUUUUUGAAGCAUUACAUGACCUUUACGGUUAUGGUUGUAUAAAGCACAAAACUAACAGCAUUCACCUAAAUGCCUUCCACUGACAUCAGGGUGUGUGCUAUUAGGUUAACACAGUAGCUACAUCAGCCUCAGGGACUAGGCCUUUGCCACAUCAUGCAAUCCAUUUCAAUUUUGUCCUGUGUUUUUGUUGUUCAUAUAUAAAUCAAUAAAAUUUGUCUUGAAAUAAA